AAUAAAGUGAAAUAAUUCAUGUUACCAAACAGUCGUAAUGAGUUUUUGUGUUGAUUUAGUUUCUGAAGACUCCUUCUAUGAAAAUAUAACUUUGGGAAUAACAAAAGUCUUAGAGUCCGAUUCAAGAAUAUCUAAUGUUGUCGUUGAACGCCGCCCACCAUGCGACCGUGUGGCGCUUUCAAAUUGGGAACAGAGGCAUUCAGCAACAUUACCAGAAGAUUUACGCAAUUUUUAUGCAUCGACCGAUGGUUUUGAUUUGUCCUGGCAUUAUAAAUACUCAGCUGAUGAAAUUUUGUCUGUGGGAUCAAUAAGAGUAAAUGCAUUAAAUGAUUUGUGCUUGAGUUCUGCACUCAAAGAUCUAUUAGAUUUUUCACUUACGCGUCCAAGUAAUGGUCCACGUCCGGUACUGAAUACUAAAAGUAAGGUUUUCGAAAUUGACAACUGCAGAAAUAUAGGAAAGGUGUGUUUGAUAUACACCGGUGGAUGUUGGUCUAUAUGGCUUGCAACGAGAGAGGGGUCAUGGGGUUGGUUAGCGCAUUCGUUUACCAAUUAUUUUAGAAUGGCUCUCGUGCAUCUCGGUCUUCCAGGCUGGCAGGCGGCCUUUGCAAAUCUGCCUCUAAUACCAUGGGCUGAGCAAUUAUUUCUUCUAUUGGCGCCGCAUCUUUUGGAGAAAACAGAAAUUGAACAGAACGCGAUCUCUGUUACCAACGAAACUGGUCUGAACCACAUUGAUCCUACCAUAUUUAAGUCUUCAGUGCGUCAUCACAAAAAUACUUCACGGCCAUCAAACCAAUAACCUUAAAAAAAUCUUAUGAGUUGGCAUAUAUUUAAUAAAAAUUGAGUAUUGCAGUUUCAAGAA